UAGAAGAAGGUAAAGAGUCCGUUGGCUGUUCUUAAUUUCUUUCUCAUUUCAAUUCCUCCCUCUCUCUCUCCCUCUCUCUCUCUCUCCCUGGGGUAGAUUUCCAUGGUGAUUUUACUUCCUUCUUCUCCUCCUCCUCCUCCUCUCCAAUUCCUCUAAAUUAAUAGAGUAACGCUCUGCGCCAUCUCUCCGUCUCCCUCCGCCAUGGCAUCCCUGUUUAGGGCUCGCCGCGCGGCGUCGGAGGAGGGCGGAUCGGGCGGGAAGACCCUCCGCGACCGGAGAGGAGGCCGGGCGAUCUGGACCUCGCCGUACGCGCGACCUCCCCGACUCGCUCUCCCGGCGCCUCCACCUCCCGCUGGGAGCUCUAGUUGGCUCCUUGGCCUCGUAUCCGGCGCCGGAAAGAUUAUAUCUUCCGUUUUCCGCUCUGACAGCAGCUCCCCCGAGUCUUCGGCUUCCUAUUCUUCCUCCUCCUCUUCGGGUUACUCCUCUUCGGAUUCUGAUGAAGACGAGAAUGUUGGUGCACCUAAAAUGCUAACUGGACCCAAUCAAGGAUUGGAUAAUUCACAUGUGGUUCCUGAUCGCGUGGAGGGAUCACUUGCAAUUGUUCCAAUAAGUGAAACCAAACUAGCCAUUGAGAAGUUGCUCUCGCAGGAGACUUUCUCAAGGGAUGAAUGUGAAAGACUGACUAAGUUAUUACAAUCUCGAGUGGUUGAUUCACCAUUAGCAAACAGGGAUCUUGGCCAUACUGUUGAUUCUUCUGGAGCCUGGUUAUAUUUGAAGCAGAGUCCUAAUCUACCUGGAUCAUUCCCGUACUCUCCCGGUGAUCUUUCUCCUAAGACUCCUGCCUUCAGUACACCUGAUGUUCACAACCCAGCUGUUAUGGAAGCCAAGAAAUGGUUGGAGGAGAAGAUGCUGCCAUCGAACUCCAAAGUUGAUCCUGCUCUUGGACCUUGCACUUUGAAUACUGAUAUGCUGCAUCAUGAUCAUCCUGAUGAUGCCUCACCAGUGGAUUUGGCUAAAUCGUAUAUGCAAAACCUUCCACCUUGGCAGUCUCCAAGCUUUGAUAAUAGUGCUCUAAUAUCUACUAUGGAUAGAAGGGUGAAUCUUUUCCCUGAGAGAAGCAACCAUGCAACAAAUAGCAAUUCUUUGCCAUCGUUCAAGGAAUUUAAGAGAAAGUAUCUUUCGGUGAGGUCACGGAAAAGCCCAGAUAGUACUGAUAAUAAGAAACCCCGUUUGGUAGAUGGUCAGUUGGAGAACUAUUCCUUCAAACAAAUUGAUUCCCGGGAAUUAAUUCAAAGAAAAAUUUCAAAGAUCCCAUCAGAAGCAGUUGGGAAUCAUGAUUUUUUAAGAACAAUGCAAGUUUCAUCUUCUUUACCAUCUGCAGAAAAUUUCAAUGUGCUUGCUAAAUCAUUAACCAAGCAUGGUGAAGGUCAUUGUUCCAAGGAUGUUAAUUACUCCUUUGAAAGAACAUUCAAUGCUGAUCAGUUGACACAACCACUAGCAGAUAAAUCCACUCCCACAACCUUUACUUCAGAGCAGAAUAAAACACUCGAGACAUCAGUGGUAGCACCAAACAAAAUUGCAUUGCCAAUGUCCACUAUUAGUACUUUAGAAUCCAUUGUAUCAGAUGGACCUACUGAUCCUAAUUUGCCUAUUUGUUUGGAUUCAAAUAAGGAGGUCAGCAAUCCUUUUUUAACUGUGCAAGAAGACAUUGUUGAGAAUGAUGUUCCCCGUGAAUCUUUUAUUUCUGCUUCAACAUCAAUAAUUCCUGGUGGAGAUUCCAGAGAUCCCUUGCCUCAUAUUGAAAAAGUAAUUAAGACACCAGAUGGUGAAGCCGAUGAUACUACCAAUCGCGAGAAUAUUUUUCACACUUCUAGUGGAAAUGAAACUGCUUUUUGGAUAGCCCAGGCCAAUAAUUCUACAGAAUUGAGCCUAGAUUCAGAGUUAAACCCACUCAACAUGAUUCCUCAUCCUCUGCAUGGAACAGAAGGAUUGGCAAAUAAAGAGUUCUCCACCAAUGGUGCGUCCUCAGAGUCAAAUCACAAUACACAACCUAUAUGCCUGGUAAACAAGAGUUCUACCCAAUGUAGCAACGGUGAACAAAUUGUAGUCACAACUGAAAUAACAACUUAUGCGCCUCUGAGUGUUGAUCCACCAGCUGUCCAGAGAAUGGACAAUACCAACACUAAAUCGCAGAAUGGCACAACAAUGAAGUCAAUUGAACAUGCCCUUGUCGAAGCUCAGCCUAGCGGUAGAAACCCAAAGAAAAGAACAGCGGUUAGAGUUAGACGAGGAAAAGGGCGUGGACGAGGGUCCAGGUGACAGUCAGCUAUAUCCUACAACAAGAACGUAGCAUAGGUUCCAUCUAUUUGAGGCCUGUUAUAUAGUGUAAUGGAACUUAUGCUGCCCGGUGUACCCUAGUUGUUGAAACAAAAAAACUAGUAGUUCUUUAGUUUCAGUUUAUCAGCAUCGAUUUAGCAAGUUGGUGCAUAAUUUUUACAUUGUGUGUGUUUGUAUCAUCUUUUAGGUUUUAUUAUCCGAACGCAGACAUAGGUUUGUCACUGAAUCUUUCAUGUAUUGUAGCUGAAUUCCAUUGAAUUAAUUUUCAUGUUGAAAUAAAUGUAGCCUCUGUUUCAUGUGUU